UUAUUGGCUCAAAUAGGACCGUGCCUUUGCUCUGAUUGGCUGAGAGGCGGCUUGAGUGGCAUGCAAAUAUGUUCCAGCUGCUCCUUCGCUCUGAUUGGCUGAGGGCUGGCUGUCAGCUGAUCCUCCGGCAGCAAACUUCUCAGCUGUUUCUGCUCGCUCUGCUUUCACGCGCUCCACUCAGCUGCUGGCAGUGCACGCGCUGCUCUGUUGCACAGAUUUAACAGGAGAUGGACACGCUUUAACCCUCUGAAGCCUGCUGAGAGUCCCCUGAAGGUUCUUCUGAGGGGUCUGCUGGACGUUUCGGAACUUUUGGACUUCUGACUUAAAGUUCAGGUGCUGCCCGAUUCCUGAAAUACAUCAGCACCCAAGGAGAUGGGCUUCUGAAGAUUUCUGGACGUUUGCAGAACAACAACACCCAAGGAGAUGAACACUUGCUAAACUUUUGGGAGAUUCUAAAGGGUUAACCUGAAGGUUCUUCUAAGAGGUUUCUUCUGAAAAUUUCUGGACUUUUGUAGAAAGUUUACAUGCAAUCUGGUUUCUCAAACCCAACAGCAGCCAAGAGAUGGACAGUCGUUAAACCUUGUAGGCUUCUGAAGGUUCUCCUGCAGGUUCUUCUGAAGGUUUCUGGGCGUUUGGGGUUUCUGGACUUUGGGUGCAAGUUUAGAAGAUGGCAACUCAACUCAGCAGCAGCAUGAACCUGAAGACCCUGGAAGAUCUGACUCUGGACUCGGGCUACGGAGCUGGAGACUCCUCCGGGUCCCUCAGCCUGUCCUCCUCCAAGUCCAACUCCCAGCUGGCCUCUGCUCCGCACCGGUGCACCUGGUGGCAGUGCACGAGCUCUAUGAGCAGCAGGCACGGGAGCUGGGACACGGUAAAUACGGUGCUGCUGCACGAGGACCCCGAGGACACGUUCUCCAAGUGCCCGCGGCUGCCGCACCUGGAGGAGUUCCCGUGGACGGAGGGCGACGUGGACCGCGUCUUGCGCAAAGUCGCCCCGCGCGCCUCCUUUACGGCCGAGUUCGCGCGCCGCUUCUCCGCGCUCUCCCGCAGGGCGCUGCUGCGCGUGGCCCGCGAGGCGCAGCGCCUGAGCGUGCUGCACUGCAGGUGCACGCGUCACGAGGUGCAGAGCGCGGUGAGCCUGGUGACCAGCUGGCGGCUCGCGGAGAGUUGCCUCGCGGCCACGGUGAGGGCCAUGUCCCUGUACAGCAUGAGCUCCGGGGAGUCCCUGCGCCGGGGCAAGUCCGCGCGCUGCGGCCUCGCGCUCUCCGUGGGACGCUUCUUCCGCUGGAUGGUGGACACGCGCGUCUCCGUGCGGGUGCACGAGCACGCAGCCAUCUGCCUGGCGUCCGCCGUGGAGAGGUUGAUGGAGGAGGUGGUGCGCAGGGCGCUGGAGGUGCAGGGUGCGGGAGGUGCGGGAGAGGUGCACGUGGACGCACUGGAGGCAGCGGUCAGCAACGACGCGGAGCUGUACGGCCUCCUGCAGAGCUACGAGCACCUGAUCUGCGGGAAGAACGCCAACGGUGAGCUAUCUCUACCUGCCCACUUCAGUCCGUACGCUGGCGGUCAGUGCCCGGAGUCGGAGAGCAGAGAGGAUGCCUGUGCUCAGCUGGAGCUGCGGACGCUGGAGCAAGCUCUUCUGGCCACCUGCGUGGGCAGCAUCUCGGAGCUCAGUGACCUAGUGUCUCGUGCGAUGCACCAUAUGCAACGGCUGGCCUCUGGGGGGCGCUGUCUCAGCCCUGGACGUCCUGUUCACACACAACCCCUCUCCUGGUCUCCUGACGCUCUCCACACUCUGUACUACUUCCUCCGCAGCCCACAGAUGGAGUCUCUGGAGAACCCCAACCUGGAGCCCCCUAGGAUGGUCCUCAGUAAAGAAAGGCCCUUUCCCCUCCUGCCCCCGCUGAUGGAGUGGAUGCGGGUGGCGAUGGUUCAUGCCGAGCACCGGCGCAGUUUGCUGGUGGAUAGUGAUGAUGUGAGGCAGACAGCUAGACUUCUGCUGCCCGGACUGGACUGUGAACCCAGACAGCUGAAGCCAGACUGCUGUUUCAGCUCCUUUAAGCGUUUGGACUCGAAGGCUGCAACUGAUAAGUUUAACCUGGACCUGGGCUUUCGUAUGCUGAACUGUGGACGCACUGAUCUCAUUGGUCAGGCUAUUCAAGUCCUGGGCCCUGAUGGGGUUAACACUAUGGAUGACCAGGGAAUGACUCCUCUGAUGUAUGCGUGCUCUACGGGCGAUGAAGCGCUGGUGCAUAUGCUCAUUCAUGCAGGGGCCAACCUGGAUUUAGCGGUUCCUACCUGCUCUCCAAAGUACCCCUCUGUUCACCCUGACAGUCGCCACUGGGUGGCCCUCACAUUUGCUGUGCUGUUUGGACACCUAUCGGUGGUCCAGCUGCUGCUGGACAUGGGGGCAGAUGUGGAGGGACGAGCAUUGAAAACUGGGCACCAGGGAUCAGCUGAAACCCCUUUACAACUGGCAUCAGCUGCAGGGAACUAUGAGAUGGUCAGUCUGCUGCUGUCUCGUGGAGCUGACCCCAUGUUUCGAUUGCCCAGUGGGAGCACUCUGACGUCAUUGCUGUACGAGGACAAGAACUGUUUCAGUCACGCUGCAGCACACGGACACAGGAACGUGCUGAGGAAGUUACUGAGUCAGCCCCACAGGCUGCAGGAGGACGUUCUGUCUCUAGAGGAGAUUCUGGCUGAGGGGGUGGAGGGGGAGCUGAAGGAGAAGGUGAAGAAUUCGUCCUUUUCCCUCUCCUCCCCCAGCGGAGGCGCCGUCCCCUACCUGUCCAAGGCCCAGAGCCGAGCCCUGCAGGAGGCCAUGCUGCACAGCGCUGAGCACGGAUACCUGGAUGUGACCAUGGAGCUCCGAGCGCUCGGUGUUCCCUGGAAGCUGCAUGUGUGGCUGGAAUCUGUCCGCACUGCUCAGCUCCAGUCCAGGACUGAGGUGACGCUCUCACUGCUGAGAGAUUUCACCUCCAUGUGGCAGCAGAAGCUCUGUGAGGAUCUCAUCUCAGAUGGCCUGCCGCUGCUGUUCUCCAUGCUGAGAAGCACCAAGAAUAACGAGAUCCGUGAGCUGCUGGGGAUCAUAAUCAGCCACUGUUUUGGCUCCACUGCGCUGCCGCCCAUCCCAGCUGCCCGGGACGUUCCUACAGCUCAACUGGAUGCCCAUUUCCUAAAUAACAAAGACAUGUCUGAUGUGACGUUCCUGGUGGAAGGACAGCCGUUCUACGCCCACAAAGUUCUCCUGAUGUCUGCAUCUCAGAGGUUUAAAGACCUGCUCAGCAUCUGCAGAUCCAACGGGACGACGGGCCACAAUGUGAUUGAAAUCACGGACAUUAAGCUCAGCACCUUUCAGAUGUUGAUGGCUCAUCUCUACGGUGGAGUGUCGGGGUCUUCAGAAGUGUCUCUCGCAGAUAUACUAGAGCUCCUGCCAGUGGCUCACUCCUUCCAGCUCAACGCUCUGAAGAGACACUGUGAAGUUCAGCUUGCAGAAAAGACGACCAUCCAGAACGCGGUCCACAUCUACCACACAGCCAAGGUGAGUGAGGCAGUGGAGCUGGCUGGGUUCUGUGAAGGAUUCUUCCUGCAGAAUCUGCCCCGGAUGCUGCUGCAGAAAGAGUUUGAGGUGCUGCUGUUGGGGUCGGAGGUCGGUUUGGUCCAGGAGGAGUCGGACACUCUGGAGGUUCUUCAGGCGGCGCUCUGUGUGAGGCUACGUUAUCUUUGUGGAUCAUUUACAGGGUGAAGGUAGUGGAGAACUUUACUAAGACUGGAUGGAAGAUGUUGCCUUGCCCAGCCCAGCCCAUAGAACACGCAGGAGAGGCAGUUAGGCAGAGAUCUUAAUGUGUAGAGAGAGGUCAGUUUAAUGUUUAUCGGUUAGUCUUUAUAAAUAAAAAGUUUUUGAGGCUAAAUCUGAAAUUAAAAUGGAAACACAUUACAUUUUUGUAUUUGGUGUAGUAAAGAAAAUGUGUAGGUUGUUAAAUAACCUGUUAGAGCCCAGAUCUAUUUCUAAAUAUUGAAUCAGAAAUUUGUAACAAUUUGAUAAAUGAGAUCAAAACCUUUAACGUAGCAUUUUGUUCUAGUAAUCUAGAACUAGAUAUAUGGACGAUAAAACAUUUUAUAAGUGUUUUAAACUAAUUAAACAGAUUUAGAAGCUAAAAUACAGACUUUUUAAAAAGAUUAGUUUAGCUUUAGUUCCAGCCCUAACCCAAAAGCUCUCCUUCAUUCUGUUAAUACUAUCCGAUGAAAUAAAUGAGUAAAGGACCAAGUUAUGUAAUUAACUUACCACAUCUUUUAAAGUUCCUGUGACACACAUCACUUUGGGCUCUUUUUGGGUUAAUAAACAAUUUCUAAAAUAAAAUAUUUCUUUACAACACCAGAUGGACAAACUUUGUAUUUCUGAAUUUAGCUUUAAGUGGUUAAAAGAUUUAACUGAUAAAAUGUACAAUGCUUUGUUGGGUAAAGGCUGUAUAUUAAGAGGAUCUGUUAUUUGUAAGAGUGAGCUGCCCUCUAGUGGCCAAAAUACGAACUACAGCACUAGUAUUUUCUCCAAAUAGGAGCAGAAAUGUGAAUAACAUUAAUUGUGAAUUUUUUGAUUCUUUGUUUUAUAUUAGAUUGUAUAUAGUUUGGUUCUUAUUUUCAGCUAAAACAAGUGCUUCCUUUUUUAUUUUAAGUGUAAAUACCUUAAUAAUGCUGAUGUUGGUACCAUUUUCGUGAUGCUAAAAUAUUUGCUUUUUUUUGUAACCUAAUUAAUGUUAUUCUGGGGUGUUUUAUUUCCUAUGUAAAUCAGGGGUUCUUAACCUUUUUAGGGUGUUAAAUGCCGUUUUGUUUUUUUAAUGAUUGAAAACAAAAACAAAAACCUUUUAAGUUGUCACCUUCCUAAAAUAAUCAACGGUUUGUCAUUUUUAGAUAAAAUUGACUUUUGCCAAGAGAUAAUCUAAACAAAUACUUAGAUAUAGGGCUUUAAAAUAUUAGAAAAUAAUUGCAAUUAUGUUUAAAUACAGGAAUUUUACCAAAUUUCACUGGAGUAAAACAAAUGGUUAUUGGGAUAUUUUUGAUAAUCUGGAAAAUUGUACAUUUGCAAUAUAGAUGGUAGCCCUAAUUUGAUUAUACCCUUGAAGAUAAUUGUCUAUGUAAUUUAUUAUUCCUUAUUAAAAUAAUAUAGGUAAUUGUAAUUAAUAAAAAUAUUACCUCUUGCUUAGCUUAUUUUAUAGUUGUUUAGUCUUGAGUUUUAUUGAUAAGUUUGUGAUUCUUAUUUUAUUUAUUUUUUUAAAUAAAUAGCCAUAACUGUCUUGGUAAAAAGCUGUUGCCAUGUGGGUCAGCCAGACCUCUUCCUGUACCAGUUUCUAUGUUCAUUUUGUGCGUUUACUGAUUAUUUUAGGAAGGUGUCGAUACAUUAGACAAUCUUUACUAAACUUAAUUUUUAUAAAAUUUGACCAAGAGCAAAGUAUAAUGCUCAUAUGUUUGAGAAAUAACUUAAAAUGGCAUUUUUCCAAAGAUUAAUCACUACGUCACUUUUUUUUGGAUGUCUGGUAUUUUUGCUACGGUCACUGCUUGGUCAAAUAAAACAAUCUAAAAGUUAGGUUUAGUAAAAUAAAAGUAAAGUUCAGACAAAAACUAUUACAAACGCAGCAGAGCAUCACUUUCACGCCCUCAGGUUAAGAACUCAUGAUCUAAAUGUAUGUAAGCAUUACGAUGCCACGAUGUAAUUAAUGUAAUAAUCUGUAAGCAAUAUUAAGUCAAUAAAAAUGUGAAUUGUA